AAGCAUGAGUUGAGUUGCGCAUUUCUUUCAUUUAAGACAAAGGUCCAGGUACAAUAUCAGACUUCACCAUGACAUCGCGGUGGGCGGAAACUGCAGAAGACGCCGCCGAAGAUGCGCGACGCAAGGCUGCCAAAGAAGAGAAGAAGCGACUCAAAGCAGCAAAACUCGAAGCCGAAGCAGCACGAGCAGCCGCCGCAGCGCAGAAUGCCAAAACUUCCCGCGACGACGCCGCCGCUGUCGACGAUGCUGAUGAUCGACCGGCAAAGCGCAGACGCGUGUCAAACUCUUCCGCGCGAGACCGUGACAUUGUCGAAGAGCAAAGCGAAAAGUAUCUCCUCCGAUUCCCCAACCAGACCUGGCAACCCUGUCGCUCCAUCGAACGCUUCGAGAGUCUGAAUCACAUCGAGGAAGGAAGUUAUGGAUACGUCUCGCGCGCGAGAGAAGAGGCGACAGGUACAAUCGUGGCAGUGAAGAAAUUGAAACUAGACCCCGCGCGAGAUGGCGGGUUCGCAGUGACUGCGUUGCGCGAGAUCCAAUGCCUACAAGCGGCGCGCCAUCGCCAUGUGGUCGAUCUACGGGAGGUCGUGACCGCGACGAAUGGCGAGUCCGGACUCAACGUCUUCCUUGUCAUGGAGUUUGUCGAGCAUGACCUCAAGACGCUGCAGGAGGAAAUGCAGGAACCCUUCUCACCGUCCGAAGUCAAGACGCUGCUGUUGCAGUUAGGAAGUGCUGUGGAGUUCUUGCACGAUCACUGGAUUCUACACCGAGAUUUGAAAACUAGUAAUAUUCUCAUGAACAACCGCGGAGAGAUCAAGUUGGCGGAUUUUGGCAUGGCGCGAUUUUGCGGCGAUCCCCCGCCGGCGAAUUUGACGCAGUUGGUGGUGACGUUGUGGUAUCGAGCGCCGGAGCUUUUGCUUGGUACCACAACAUAUGAUAAAGCUAUUGAUUGCUGGAGCAUCGGAUGCAUCUUUGGCGAGCUGCUGUCCAAGAACGCGCUGAUUCAAGGCAAGAACGAGGUCGAUCAGUUGAGCAAGAUCUUCGAGCUUUGUGGCAUACCGACGGACGUCUCUUGGCCUGGUUUCAAGCGACUACCGAAUGCUCGAUCCCUCAAACUCCCGAACCAGAGCAGGACCAACCAAGGAUCCAACAUGCGAUCGAGAUUCCCAACAAUGACGAAUUCUGGUAUCGCACUGAUGGAUGGCCUGCUCUCGCUCAACCCCGCAACAAGGUUGUCUGCUAAAGAGCUCUUAGACCAUGCAUACUUUCGUGAGAACCCUCGCCCCAAAGCCACUGCUAUGUUCCCUACCUUCCCAUCGAAGGCGGGUCAAGAGAAACGUCGGCGACGUGCGAGUCCAAACGCGCCCACGCGCGGCGCUGCUCCUAAGCUACAAGGUGACAUUGACCUGGGGUCGAUAUUGAAAGAACGUGAUGGAGUAGACAAGGAGGGUGGGUUUCAGCUGAAGCUUGCGUGAUGACAGUACAUCUAGCUCGCUUUAAUGGAGUUUGAUUUCGUGAGAUCUAGCUUGCUGCCGAC